AUGGCAGAGGAGGAGCACAAGCCCGCUAUUGAGCUCGAGGAGCCGGAAGCUGGACCUGAGGUGGACAGGGACGACGAGGUUCAGCGGGAACACGACGAGGAGCGAGUGCUGGGCGGCGAUGCCGAGGCGACGACGGCGGGCCAGAGCGACGCAGAGGUGGCGGAUCGAGUUCAGGAGCAUGCAGAGGAGUCGUCUGCCAAGGCGCGGACCGUGUCUGGCGAGGUUGAACACGACUCCGUCCCGCUCGACGACAACAGCGCUCCCGGCGGAAUUGAAGUUCCCCCUACGACCGACAGCGUUCCUUUGUCUCCCCCUCAACUUCCCACUACUGCGCCGGCGAACGAAGCGGACGAGCCUGGCGACUUUGAAGACGUCUCGCUCUCCCGCGCCCCGUCCGUCGCUCCCUCCGCUCAAGUCGCGGCGUUGCGCCAGGAGGUGAAGCGGGAUGCGGAGGAACUGAAGAACGAUACGCCCGUCGUGCAGCCUACGCAGGCACCUGUGGCAGAUGAUGCGAUCGAGGAGGCGCAGCUGGGCGACUCGGCGGCAACUCGAGCGGCCGCAGAAGUUGCUGAGCCCGUGCGUGCCGAGGAGCCGCCUCCCUCGUCAGUUCCGGCAACGACCACGGCAUCGACGGCGACCUCUUCUCCCCAUCCCGAAUCAACUGCGACAAAGCCCCGCCGCGAAUCGCUCGCAUCUGUCACGACGGUCUCCGCACCCGGCUCUUCCCACCUCGUGUCGGGCAUCCUGAUCGUCUCGUCGCUCGAGUCGAUCGCCGCGUCGAAGGAGGCCAAGAAGUCGAAGCCGCUUAAGGAUGCCCUCGACAAGGCUCUCGACGCGCUCAAGACGCCCGUUCCAGCGACUCCGGGUAUCGGCGGCGGGGCGUCCACGACGAUCGACCCGCACCUCGUCUUCCUCCCUCUGCGCCUCGCAUGCGAGACCAAGUCUCUCCAGCUGCAGAUCACGGCGCUCGACUGUCUCGGCAAGCUCGUCUCGUACGACUUUUUCGUCGAGCAGCACGACCCGGAUGCGCCGCAGUUGCGUCUUGGAGGUGGAGACGACGACAACGAAAGUCUGGCAGGCGGGUCGACGAACCAGCAGCAGAACUUUGAGGCUCUCCCGCUCGCGGACCAGAUCACUGCGACCGUCUGCGACUGCUUCUCUCCCUCUCCAAACGCCUCUUCCUCGUCCUCGUCUUCCUCGAGUUCGUCGUCGUCCGCCUCGCAGGCCACAACUCCGCACGACACCCUCCUCCUCCGUCUCCUCUCUUGCCUCCUCAGCCUGAUCCUCUCCUCUUCGCUCCCAAUCCACCAAUCCGCCCUCCUCAAAGCCGUCCGCACAGUCUACAACGUCUUCCUCCUCGGCCGACCAGGAACGGUGCAGACCGUCGCGCAGGCCACACUCGGACAAAUCGUCGGCGGCGUGUUCGGACGGAUCGAGCUGCCGGACGGGUUGGCGAAGGCGGCUGCGAAGAACGCCAGUGUAGAGAAGGGCUUGGGCGUGAGCGGGAUCGCGCUUUCCACGCCUGCUGCGAGUCGGAGUCAAAGUCGGACAGAUUUGGCGAGUGUGGCGGAGGAGGAGCCUCCUGCGCCUGUCGAGGCAGAGAAGACGCCGAAGGUUCCGCCGCCUGCGGAAGAGGAGAAGGUUGAGGAGACACCGCGGGUCAAGCAGGAUGGCAUGAAUGGCGCAACAGAGAAUGGCGAUGCGGGUGGAGAGGAGAACGAGACGGACGAGAAGGAACCUUCUGCAGCGGGCACGGCGGAUGAUGCACGUACACCCAGGGUUUCGGUCAGUCAGGACGACUCGGCGUCUGCAGCGGAGGAGGUUCCGCAGGGCGAGGGCCACAAGGUCACGACCGAGAACCUGGCUCGCUUGAAUGGCACGCCCAUCCCGCCGACCGACACCGUCUCGACGAACGACCUGUACAUCAAGGACGCCUUCCUCGUCUUCCGCGCCUUGUGCAAGCUCUCGAUGAAACCGCUUGGUACCGACAGCGAACGUGACCUGAAGUCUCCAGCGAUGCGGUCGAAGCUCCUCUCGCUCCACCUCAUCCUCACGAUUCUCAACAACCACAUGUCGCUCUUUACCGAAUCGCAAGUCGCCAUCAUUUCGUCGACUUCGCGCGAGCGGACGCCCUUCCUCACCGCCGUCAAGCAGUACCUCUGCCUCGCCCUCUCGCGGAACGCCGUCUCGCCUGUCAUCCAGGUCUUCGAGCUUUCGUGCGAGAUCUUCUCGCGGAUGCUCAGCGGUAUGCGGCAGCGAUUGAAGAAGGAGAUCGAGGUCCUCCUGAACGAGAUCUUCCUUCCGAUCCUCGAGAUGCGCAACGCGACCGUCCGCCAGAAGUCCCUCCUCCUCGCCGCCUUCGCUCGCCUCGCCCAAGAUCCGCAGGCGCUCGUCGACAUCUACCUCAACUACGACUGCGACCGCUCGUCGCUCGACAACAUCUACGAGCGCCUCCUGAACAUCGUCUCGAAGCUUUGCACGACGCACUUCCCACCUACCGCUCCCGAAGGCAAGGCGGGACAGCCGAUCCUCUCGGCACUCUCGCCCGCCGUCUCGCCCUUCCCCUUGUCCGCCACUUCGCUCUUCGACGAGUCUCGCUUCGCCAACCCUUCUUUCGCCGGCACGCCGCCGGAGGCGCACCUUAAGCGACAGAGUCUCGAAUGCCUCGUCGCUGUCCUUCGUUCGCUCGUUUCGUGGGCCGGUCGUGGCGCCGUAAGCGGUCCGGCAGCAUCUGUCGUUGGCCCUUCGACCUCGACCACCUCUCUCAACGGCACGCACGCUCGCACAUCCGAGGAUGGCAACGGCGCGACUUCGCCGUCGCCUGCGCCCGGUGCAGCACCGAGUGACCCGCGGACAAGCUUCUUCGCCGGCGACAGACGCAGCACGAGCGGGACGAACACGCCCGAUGUCGUGCCGGCCGACGACCCGAGCCGCUUCGAGAACGCCAAGUUGCGCAAGACGACGCUGCUCGAGGGUAUCAAGAAGUUCAACUUCAAGCCGAAGCGGGGUGUUGCCUUCCUCAUCGAGUCCGGCUUCAUUCGCAGCUCCGACCCGAAGGACGUUGCGCGCUUCCUCCUGCACGCCGACGGACUCGACAAGGCGCAGAUCGGCGAGUACCUCGGCGAAGGCGAGCCUGAGAACAUCGCCACGAUGCACGCCUUUGUCGACUUCAUGGACUUUAACAACAUGCUCUUCGUCGACGCGCUUCGCAUGUUCCUCCAGUCGUUCCGCCUGCCCGGCGAAGCGCAGAAGAUCGAUCGGUACAUGCUCAAGUUCGCCGAACGCUACACUGCGGGCAACCCAGGCGUCUUUGCCAACGCCGACACGGCCUACAUCCUCGCCUUUUCCGUCAUCCUCCUCAACACGGACGCGCACAACCCGCAGGUCAAAAAGCCGAUGUCGAAGGUCGAGUUCAUCAAGAACAACCGCGGCAUCGAUGACGGCAAGGACAUCGACGAGAAGUAUCUCUCCGACAUCUACGACGAGAUCAACGCGAACGAAAUCCGGAUGAAGGACGAGGUCGAGGCGGCUGGUCCGCAGGCGCCUGCGCCAGGACUCGCUGGAGCGAUUGCGACCGUGGGCAGGGACCUGCAGCGCGAGGCGUACCUGUGGCAGUCGGAGAGCAUGGUCAACAAGACCGAGGCCCUCUUCCGCACACUCGUCCGCGGCCAACGACGAGGUGGCCGCGCAAGCGACGAGUACUACAGCGCGUCGCAUGCCGAGCACGUCAAGCCGAUGUUCGAGGUUGUCUGGAUGGCGAUUCUCGCCGGAAUUUCGGGCCCCCUUCAGGACUCGGACGACCUCGAGCUCAUCUCGCUCUCGCUCGACGGAUUCAAGCAGGCGAUCAAGAUUGUCUGCCUCUUCGACCUCGAGCUCGAGCGCAACGCCUUCGUCACGACACUCGCCAAAUUCACCUUCCUCAACAACUUUGGCGAGAUGCGGCCGAAGAACGUGGAGGCGAUCAAGACGCUCCUCGACGUCGCCAUGGUCGACGGCAACUACCUCAAGGGCAGCUGGCGCGAGGUUCUCACCUGUGUCAGCCAGCUCGAGCGCUUCCAGCUCAUCGCGCAGGGCGUCGACUCGCAGACACUGCCUGAACUCGGUCGUAAGCCGUCGCUCGGCAGCAAGCGCAGGUCGACGGUCUCGUCGAAGCGGAUCGGUCGACCAACGGACGAGGUAGCGGAGGGGACUCGGUCACAGCACCUCUACAUCACCGCCGACAUGAUCUUCUCGUCCACGCCGAACCUGUCGGGAACGGCAAUCGUCGACUUCGUUCAGGCGCUGAGUGAGGUGUCGUGGGAGGAGAUCCAGGCGUCCGGCCUCGCCGAGCAGCCGCGAGUCUUCUGCCUGCAGAAGCUCGUCGAGAUCUGCUACUACAACAUGAAUCGUAUCCGCCUCGAGUGGUCCGCGAUGUGGGUCAUCAUUGGCGAGCACUUCAACCAGGUCACCUGCCACACGAACGCCAAGGUCUCGUUCCUCGCGCUCGACUCGCUUCGGCAACUUGCUAUGCGCUUCCUCGAGAAGGAGGAGCUCGCCAAUUUCAAGUUCCAGAAGGACUUCCUCAAGCCGUUCGAGUACGCCAUGGUGCACAAUACGAACCCGGACGCCCGCGACAUGGUCCUCCAGUGCCUUCACCAGAUGAUCCAGGCGCGCGUGCAGAACCUCCGCUCCGGCUGGCGCACCAUGUUCGGCGUCUUUGCGGCCGCCGCCAAGGUCUCGACCGAGCGCAUCGCCGUCCAGGCGUUUGACAUCGUCCAGCGCGUCAACAAGGAGCACUUCGCGCAGAUCGUCGAGUACGGCUCGUUCGCCGACUUGACCGUCUGCGUCACCGACUUCUGCAAGAUCAGCAAGUUCCAGCGGGUCAGCCUGCAGGCGAUCGAGCUCCUCAAGUCGCUUAUCCCGAUGAUGCUGGCCUGCCCCGCCUGCCCCCUCAGCCAGACGGCCAACGGCGCGCAAGUCGAGGUCACGGCGACGGAUGACCCGAUGCUCCGCUUCUGGUUCCCGCUCCUCUUCGGCUUCUACGACGUCAUCAUGAACGGCGAGGAUCUCGAGGUCCGCAAACGCGCCCUUGACUACCUCUUCGACACGCUCAAGAAGCACGGCCAGUCGUUCCCGCCCGAGUUCUGGGACACCAUCUGCAAGGAGGUGCUCUUCCCGAUCUUCGCCGUUCUGCGGUCACGAUCGGACGUUUCGCGUUUCAGCACGCACGAGGAUAUGAGCGUCUGGCUUUCGACGACGAUGAUCCAGGCCCUUCGCAAUCUCGUCGACCUCUUCACGUACUACUUUGACGUCCUCGCGCGCUUGCUGGACAAGCUGUUGGACCUGCUGUCAGAGUGUAUCUGCCAGGAGAACGACACACUCGCCCGGAUAGGAACGUCCUGCCUACAGCAGCUCGUCGAGGACAACGUCGACAAGCUUUCGCCCGCACGAUGGGAACGAAUAAUCGCGACCUUCCUUCAGCUCUUCAAGACAACAACGGCGUACCAACUGUUCGACCCGACACUCCUCCUUCCACAGUCCGAACCUCCUGCUGCCGCUCAGCCCACCUCGAACGGCUUCGCGCCGCUCUCCCCGUCUCGAGAAGAUGAGCAACCGGUGCCUCCGCCCAAGAACGGUCCCGUCGACCGGCGCCGCGUCUUCCGCCAGAUCAUCGUCAAAUGCGUUCUCCAGCUCUUGCUCAUCGAGACGACGCACGAGCUUCUGCAGAACGAGCGCGUGUACAAGACGAUCCCGCCUGCCGAGCUCCUGCGGCUCAUGUCGGCGCUCGACGAGUCGUACCGAUUCGCCCGGAAGUUCAACGCCGACAAGGAGUUGCGGAUGGCGCUGUGGAAGGUUGGCUUCAUGCGGGAUCUGCCGAAUCUGCUGCGGCAAGAGUCGACGAGUGCCGCGACGCUGGUCAACGUGCUCCUCCGGAUGUACAGCGACCCGCAAGAAGAGGCCGUGCAGAAGCGCGCCGAGGUCGUCGACGUCUUUGCACCACUUGGCCUCAACGUCCUCGCCAACUACGUCUCGCUUAACCCCGAGACGCAGGCGCGCAACAUCACCGCAUGGACGCCCGUCUGCACCGAGAUCCUGCAAGGCUUCCGAAGCUUCGAAGACGAGCCGGUGCGCAAGGCCUACCUCUUCAAGGCGCAGCUCCCCCGCCUAUACCCUCUGGUCACGAACACUCUCGUCCGCGAGGCCGACCCGGCUCUGCGAGAAGCGGUGCGACAGGUCUUCAUCAAGGUCGGGACGGUGUCGCUCGGUAUCAAGGACGAAGGCGAUGCAUGA